GGCGGGGGGAGGAGCGCUCAAGCAGCCGCCCCUGACCGGAGCGGGCUCGGCCGCUGCUGCAGCGCUCAGCUCCCGGGCCCUGCUGAAGCCGGGUCUAGCAUGUGCCGCGGCUUCCCGGCGGCGGCGGCGGCGGCGGCGGCUCCUCUGCAGCGGCCUCAGCAGCAGCGGCCGCCAUGGCCAAGCCCAGCGUGGAGCUCACCCGCGAGUUGCAAGACAGCAUCCGGAGGUGCCUGAGCCAAGGGGCCGUGCUCCAACAACAUCAUGUGAAGUUGGAGACAAAGCCCAAGAAGUUUGAGGACCGAGUGCUGGCCCUGACCUCCUGGCGCCUCCACCUCUUCCCCCUUAAAGUCCCGGCCAAGGUGGAGAGCUCCUUCAAUGUCCUGGAGAUCCGUGCCUUCAACACUCUCAGUCAGAACCAGAUCCUGGUGGAGACGGAGCGUGGCAUGGUGAGCAUGCGACUGCCAUCAGCUGAAAGUGUGGACCAGGUGACACGACAUGUGAGCUCUGCCCUGUCCAAGGUCUGCCCUGGCCCUGGGUGUUUGAUCCGGCGUGGAAACGCAGACACCCCAGAGGGGCCCCGAGAUACAUCCCCCAACUCUGAGACUUCCACAUCUACCACCCACAGUGUCUGCGGUGGCUUCUCUGAGACCUACGCUGCUCUGUGUGACUACAAUGGGCUACACUGCCGUGAGGAGGUUCAAUGGGAUGUGGACACCAUCUACCAUGCUGAAGAUAACCGCGAGUUCAAUCUUUUGGAUUUCAGCCACUUGGAGAGCCGAGACUUGGCCCUAAUGGUAGCAGCCCUGGCCUACAACCAGUGGUUCAGCAAACUCUACUGCAAGGACUUGCGGCUGGGCUCUGAAGUGCUAGAACAGGUGCUACAUACCCUAAGCAAGUCGGGGAGCCUCAAAGAGCUGGUGCUGGACAACGCCGGGCUUAAGACGGACUUUGUCCAGAAGCUGGCCGGGGUGUUUGGGGAGAACGGGAGCUGUGUGCUGCAUGCCCUCACUCUGUCCCACAACCCCAUCGAAGACAAGGGUUUUCUCAGUCUGAGCCAGCAGCUCCUCUGCUUCCCCACUGGCCUCACCAAACUGUGCCUGGCCAAGACUGCCAUUUCCCCUCGAGGGCUCCAGGCACUCGGCCAGACCUUCGGGGCCAACCCAGCAUUUGCCAGCUCCCUUCGAUACCUGGACCUGAGCAAGAAUCCUGGGCUCCUCGCCACGGAUGAGGCCAAUGCCCUCUACAGUUUCCUGGCCCAACCCAAUGCCCUGGUGCACCUGGACCUGUCAGGAACUGACUGCGUCAUCGACUUGCUUCUCGGUGCCCUGCUCCACGGCUGCUGCUCCCACCUCACCUACCUCAACCUGGCUCGCAACAGCUGCUCCCACAGGAAGGGUCGAGAGGCCCCCCCGGCCUUCAAGCAGUUCUUCAGCAGCGCCUACACACUGAGCCACGUCAACCUGUCGGCCACAAAGCUGCCCCUGGAGGCCCUCAGGGCGCUGCUUCAGGGCCUCUCCCUCAACAGUCACCUCAGUGACCUGCACCUGGAUCUCAGCAGCUGUGAGCUCCGCUCAGCGGGAGCCCAAGCCUUGCAGGAGCAGCUGGGAGCUGUCACCUGUGUAGGCAGCUUGGAUCUGUCAGACAAUGGGUUCGACUCGGACCUCCUGACAUUGGUGCCCGCACUUGGCAAGAACAAGUCCCUCAAGCACCUGUUUUUGGGCAAGAACUUCAAUGUCAAGGCCAAGACCCUGGAGGAGAUCCUCCACAAGCUGGUGCAGCUGAUCCAGGAAGAGGACUGUUCCCUGCAGUCACUGUCGGUGGCAGACUCCCGGCUGAAGCUUCGCACCAGCAUCCUCAUCAACGCCCUGGGCAGCAACACCUGCCUGGCCAAGGUGGAUCUGAGCGGCAAUGGCAUGGAGGACAUCGGGGCCAAGAUGCUGUCUAAGGCCCUGCAGAUAAACUCCUCCCUCAGAACUAUCCUAUGGGAUCGGAACAAUACAUCUGCCCUGGGCUUCCUGGACAUUGCAAGGGCCCUGGAGAGCAACCACACGCUGCGCUUCAUGUCCUUCCCCGUGAGCGACAUCUCCCAAGCCUAUCGCAGCGCCCCUGAGCGCACCGAGGACGUCUGGCAGAAGAUCCAAUGGUGCUUAGUGAGGAACAACCACUCCCAGACGUGCCCCCAGGAGCAGGCCUUCAGGUUGCAGCAGGGCCUGGUGACCAGCAGCGCCGAGCAAAUGCUGCAGCGGCUGUGUGGACGAGUGCAGGAGGAGGUGCGGGCCCUGAGACUGUGCCCCCUGGAGCCCGUGCAGGAUGAGCUACUCUACGCUCGGGACCUCAUCAAAGAUGCCAAGAACUCCCGGGCGCUGUUUCCCAGCCUCUAUGAGCUGGGCCACGUGCUGGCCAAUGACGGGCCUGUGCGGCAGAGGCUGGAAUCAGUAGCAAGUGAGGUGUCCAAAGCUGUGGACAAGGAGCUGCAGGUGAUCCUGGAGUCCAUGGUCAGCCUGACACAGGAGUUAUGCCCUGUGGCCAUGCGGGUGGCCGAGGGACACAACAAGAUGCUGAGCAAUGUGGCGGAGCGUGUCACUGUGCCCCGGAACUUCAUCCGAGGGACACUGCUGGAGCAAGCAGGACAGGACAUUCAGAACAAGCUGGACGAAGUGAAGCUCUCAGUCGUCACCUACCUAACCAACUCCAUAGUGGAUGAGAUCCUGCAAGAGCUCUACCAUUCCCACAAGAGCCUGGCCCGGCACCUGAUCCAGCUAAGGACGCUGUCAGAUCCACCAGGGUGCCCAGGCCAAGGGCAAGAUCUGUCCUCCCGGGGCCGAGGCCGGAACCAUGACCAUGAGGAGACCACAGAUGAUGAACUUGGGACCAACAUUGACACCAUGGCCAUCAAAAAGCAGAAACGCUGCCGCAAGAUCCGGCCGGUGUCUGCCUUCAUCAGCGGGAGCCCUCAGGACAUGGAAAGCCAACUGGGGAACCUGGGGAUCCCCCCUGGCUGGUUCUCAGGACUCGGGGGCAGCCAGCCCACAGCUAGUGGCUCCUGGGAAGGUCUCUCUGAGCUGCCCACUCAUGGUUACAAACUAAGGCAUCAAACACAAGGGAGGCCCCGCCCCCCCAGGACCACACCUCCAGGACCUGGUCGACCCAGUAUGCCAGCACCUGGGACUCGUCAGGAGAAUGGGAUGGCCACCCGCCUGGAUGAAGGGCUGGAGGACUUCUUCAGCCGAAGGGUCAUGGAGGAAAGUUCUAGACUGCCCAGGGUCUGUCCAGGAGGUGCCAGGUCACUUGGAGAAGCUGAGAGGAGAUGCGGGGGAGGUGCCUGGGAAGAAACAUCAGUCUGCGGGAAAGGCUGCUGGAGGAUUACAACGGGACAGGAAAGCUACCCCCGGACUCUGAGGACCGUGCGGCCAGGACUCUCGGAGGCACCGCUGCCUCCACUCCAGAAGAAGAGGCGCCGGGGCCUGUUUCACUUUCGCCGGCCCCAGAGCUUCAAGGGGGACAGGGGGCCGGGGUCCCCCACCACUGGACUCCUCCUCCCUCCACCCCCACCCCCUCCCCCGACUCAGGAGAGCCCCCCUAGCCCAGACACCCCAAGCCUCGGCAAUAACUCCUCUCCCUGCUGGAGCCCAGAGGAGGAGAGCAGCCUCCUCCCUGGAUUUGGUGGGGGCCGGGGCCCUUCCUUCCGCAGGAAGAUGGGCACUGAGGGGUCAGAGCCAGGGGAGGGGGGCCCAGCCCCUGGGACAGCACAGCAGCCAAGGGUUCACGGUGUUGCCCUUCCCGGGUUGGAAAGAGCCAAGGGUUGGAGCUUCGAUGGGAAACGAGAGGGCCCAGGCCCAGACCAGGAGGGCAGCACCCAGGCCUGGCAGAAACGGCGCUCUUCAGACGACGCAGGGCCUGGAUCCUGGAAGCCCCCACCACCGCCCCAAAGCACCAAACCAAGCUUCAGCGCCAUGCGCAGAGCAGAGGCCACGUGGCACAUAGCUGAAGAGAGUGCCCCCAACCACAGCUGCCAGAGUCCCAGCCCAGCCUCCCAAGAUGGGGAAGAGGAGAAGGAGGGGACCCUCUUCCCAGAGAGGACACUUCCAGCUAGGAAUGCUAAGCUACAGGACCCCGCUCUAGCUCCACGGCCUCCCAAGCCAGUGGCUGUGCCCAGGGGCCACCGGCCUCCCCAGGAGCCAGGGGUCAGGGAGGAGGCUGAGGCUGGAGAUGCAGCUCCAGGAGUCAACAAACCCCGGCUGAGGCUGAGCUCACAGCAAGACCAAGAGGAGCCCGAAGUCCAAGGGCCUCCUGAUCCAGGCCGGCGGACUGCCCCACUGAAGCCCAAGAGGACACGGCGGGCACAGUCCUGUGACAAGCUGGAACCUGAUAGAAGACGGCCUCCUGACCCCACAGCAGGAACCAGUGAGCCAGGAACAGACUGACAACUGCCACAACACCCUCCUCAGCCCUCGACAUGUGCCUCACAAGGACUCAGACCCCUAUCCACCCCCAGUCCCCCAGGGUCCCCUGCCAGCCCCUGUCCUACAGGAGCAAGAUGGCAGGACCAGGCAUGGGGGAGCUGGAGGCAGGGACUAGAACAGAGGGAGCCACCUGGAGAGACAGAGGCUGUCAAUGCCUGCCUCGAUGCCUCUCUCUGUAGAGAGCUUCUGGGUGGGGGCUUAUCUCCUCCCCCAGGAGGGUGGAUCUCUGUCCCUCUAUCCCCAGGGACUCUCUCCCCUCUUGUAUAGAAUAAAAAAAC